UGCCAAAAAAGUAACGCGAACGCGCAAGUUAUGUGUUUUCCUCUGUUGUUUUGAACAGGAAAAUUGCUGAAAAUUCACAAAUUGAUCAGUGAAAAGCGAAAAUUAGAGCGAUUAAAAGUUGCUGCUGGCAACGUGGACUUAUUUCGCAUCGUGAAAUAUUCAAAUUAAGUGAAUAUAUCGCGACAGCAAAAAUAAAAUUAAAUAAUAAAAAAAAAGAUAUUCAAUAAAAACGAUAUAAUAAAAAAUAUUGAUGAAUGUUGGAAUGAAUUAAUUUUCAUGGAUUAUUGAAUUGAAAAAUAAAAAAGUUUUAUCAUAAAUAAAUUAAAAUAGAGAAUUCCCACAAAAUUCCUCAUUUUUAAAGAAAUCAUCGUAAACUUCACAAGACGAGGAUACUCAACAAAAACACUUUUCACAGAUGAAGAGUACAUCAUAAAAAUCUGAACAACUGUUUUUCUCGCUUCACGUAGAAGAAAAAGUAAGAAGGACAAAAUCCUUCAUCAUUGAAACACUUGAUGAUGAUGAUUGUGUUGAAAUAAAAUAUUGCGAACGAGAGGAAAAUCUGUUCACAUCAUACGUCUUCAUAAAAUACAUCGGGGUAUAUACAUGUGAAAAGUGAAAUAUAAAAAAAAAGAAAACAAUAAAAGGCAAAAAAACGGGGCGGCACUUGAACAACUGUAAUAAUCAUAAACAUAAAUAAAAACGGAAAAAUAUUCCUCGAGUGUGAGAACACAAAAAGGACGAUUGUCAAGAGUAGUGUGUAGAAACUGCUAAAUAUUCCAUAAUAUAUGUUUGUUUCUUUCGGAGCCAUAGAGAAAACAUUUAAUGAUGCCAAACAAUAAAAAAUCCAAGUGCCAGCAGUUGUUUAUCGUGGGCUGCUUAUUCAUCGUUUUACAGGCCCAUGUGACACUUUGCGACGAUGUUGAAGUCACCACAACUGAAUCCAUUGUUUCUGACUCGACGACGACAUCCACUUCAUCUACUGUCGUCGCAUCGACAAUAGCUCCUGCUUCGAGUACUCUCAAUAAUGUGCCAAGUAGUACUGAAAGUGCGAUCGUUACAACUGUAAAAGAUCCAAGUCAAGAACAGACGACCACGACUGUUCCUGAGGUAACCACAAAACUUGAAACUUUGAAUGCCACGACAGCGAAGGAGCCACAAUUGACAAGCACAACAACAACACCUUCCACUACCACAAAUGUUAAUAUUGAAAAAUUUGCGAGCAACGACGAGCCAAUUUCAAACGAAAUUCACGAAAAUGAAAUUACAAACGAUAAUCAUGUCAAAUUGGGUGACGCCGUCAUGAACAAUAACGAUUUUGUGAACAAACAAAAAACGAGUAAGAAACCAAUUAACAUUGACGACUUUUAUCCGUCGAAAAUGGAGGACUUUAAAAUGGUCAUACAGCAGUCGAAUGAAAAGUUGCUGCGCGAAAAGGAGAUGAUGCGAAAUGACGACGAAGAGGCGGCCAAUAAUAAUCCGCUGCUCAAACCGAUGGAUUUAUUGCCAAUCAUUAGUGAUAAGAAGGAUUUAUUGCUGGAGGAUCGCAAUGGAUCGGAAAUUGCGACAACUAACAUUGAAAUUGAGUUAAUUGAACCAGAUGCGGUUGCGACGAAAAAUGAUGAUGAGCCACGCGAAGAACUAGAUAUCACGGAAAAGUUACAAGAGAACGACGAAGUAAUUAAAAAGAUAGAGGAAAGCUUCAAAAUUGAUGACAUGGAUUUGCGGCCGGAUAUUGUUUUUGACGUCAUGCCGUCAAAGAGCUCGACGGUACCCACGACGAUUGAAACGAAAGCUGUAACCGUUCCUCAAACCACUCCUUCUACGACGACGACUACAACGACGUCAACAACUUCUACGGUAAAACCAAAAGUUGAUGACCUGUCGCCUCCAUAUCAUCACGCCACGCAGCAAGACAUGGGUUUCAUUCCGCGUCGCGUCAAGAAGAACGAUCCGAAAAUCGAGGGAAAAAUUAGUGUGCUUAAUCGUGCCACAUUAAAACGAAUCGAUUUCGCUAAUACCAAGUUUAAAUCUCACCCGAACAAUGGCGAUGUACACGACAAUAAGCACAAGAGUACGGCAUCAUCUGCUGAAUUUUCAACCACAAAAUUUUAUAACAGCAAAGAAACGGACAUUAAUAAAAGCAAUGACAGCAACAACAACAACAACCCAGUUGUGCAAACCACAUCGCAAAUACCAGCAGAAAAGGCAACAAUGAAGCCAGCGACAACAACGAACGGUAUUAAUAUUAAUAACGAUAAUAAUAAAAAGAGUACAACAAUUGCCAAUGUGCAAACAGAUGCCGACGACGCAGCUAUAUCCGCGUCAACGACGACCAUUGCUGCCACAACUCCCGAUGGUGACAGUAAUAAUAAUGAUAAUAAAAAUUCUAAUAAUAAAAAUGUGGUGGAUAUGUCAAUCACGGCUAAUGUGUAUCCAGCUGAUACUGCAACCGAACAGCAACAACAACAAACAACGGACACGGAAACAUUACAUCCGACAAUAAAAAUUCCCGUGUUCCAUCCUUUGUUGCGACCACGUGUUCAGAUCUCACGUUUACAGGAGAAAAUCAAUCAGCUAGACUGCGACUUGCAAAGUUUCCCACAGCAACCGGCACAAAAUGCAGCAAGCGGAUUCCCCGUGGCGACAGAAGAGUACAUCAAAAUUUGGCGCGGCAACGAGACGCAUGAACUGAGUUUGCCCAUCGUGAAAUUGGAAGAUUGCUCGCCAUCUGGCUUGGACUGCUCACCAACCACCAUUUCGUGGGAAAGUACGGCAGACAUUCAGUCCGGUGACUUGCUAUUAGUGGAAAUAGAUGAUAGUCAAUUGAUAUCAACGCAAAACAGUAACACGGAUAAUAAGGGAAGUGCCAACAAUGACAUGCAUCACACUCCUGCAGCGAGCGUUUAUCAAGUAACGCGGCCCGGACAUGAGCAUUGCGACAUUACCGAAGGCGAACUCCUGGAUAUCACUCCGUUAGUGGUAGAUGGCAAAAAGUUGGUUACACUUUACGACAAGGAUCUGACGGAAGGUGUUAAUUUCCUGAUUGUGGUUUCCGAGUUGUGGGGACAGCAAUGCGUCCGUUUGAAGGUCACCGUGAAGUCUGACAAUUGCGGAGAGAAUGCCGACUGCUCGGGCAAAGGAAUCUGUUACUCGAACAAAUCCAUGGAGGGUUACGAGUGCCAAUGUUGCAGCGGCUUCUCCGGAUCCCAUUGCGAGGAAAUUGACGCUUGUACACCGAGUCCGUGCACGAAUAACGGCAUCUGCGUGGAUUUGUCGCAGGGACACGAAGGCAACUCUUAUCAGUGCUUGUGCCCGUACGGAUACACCGGUAAAAAUUGUCAAUUUGAAACAGACCCAUGUAAUCCAUCGCAGUGCAUGAAUGGCGGUACUUGUGUGGGUAAUUCAACGCAUUUCAGAUGUGAAUGUGUUCCUGGCUUUACCGGACCAUUGUGUCAACAUAACCUGAACGAGUGUGAGUCGUCACCUUGUGUUCAUGGCAUUUGCGUCGAUCAGGAGGAUGGUUUUCGGUGCUUCUGUCAACCAGGUUUUGCCGGUGAACUUUGCAACUACGAGUACAACGAAUGCGAGUCGAAUCCUUGUUUGAAUGGCGGUCAGUGUAUCGAUCAUAUUAGUGGUUUUUCGUGCAAAUGCACAGCCGGAUACACGGGAAAACGGUGUCACGUAAAGGUUGAUUUUUGUGCGAAUGAUCCCUGCCCGGAUGGUCAUCGUUGCAUCGAUCAUGGCGACGAUUUUAGUUGCGAAUGUCCCGGAGGACGAAAUGGACCGGAUUGCAAUCAAGUACCACGAACGCUAUGCAACGUCAACCCUUGUGCCAAUGGAGGAACAUGCUGGACAACGGAGGAAUCGUUUUAUUGCGCUUGUCGUCCUGGAUUUACUGGAAAAAUGUGUGAAGACACUUUUGUUAUUGACCAAGUCCUCAAUACGAACGAGCUUUUGUCGGAUUUGACGCCCAAUGCCCACAUCGGCUUGGAAAACCCGGAUUAUGCGGAGGAAUCAUUCGAAGUACAUAGCGUGUAUGUCGCUAUUGGUACCCUAACAGCUGCUAUUUGCAUUGUUGCUGUUGUUGUAACGGCUUGUCAUUGCAAAGUCCAUCAAACGUACCGUCAUUUCAGUCCGCAACACUUGAUUCCGGUUUUCAUGCGAUGCUCGGGCACGCCGAAAAAUGUCUCCGCAGGCACCGAUCGACACUGGCUCAGCGGCAAAGGUGUGCAAAAUGACCCGGAGAACAGUUAUUGCACCAACAAUUUGCGCUACAGCAACGGCAGCACGUUCGGCAGUGACAGAAUAAGUCGCCCCUUGCCGCCAAUUAACUUGGAUAGCGAAAUGUACUACACCGUGGACUUUAGCGACUCGCAAAACUCACCACUCAUACAGUAAUUAAGUGUCAAAAAAUAAAUAAAUAAAAUAUUCUUAUUUGUAUCGUUUAUAAUUAAAUUAAAUAGUUAAUAAAAAAAACAUAAAAAAAUAAAAUAAUAAUUUAUAAAUAAAAUAUAUAUUUGUUCGAUUAUUUAGUAAGUAACGAAAAAAAAAGAAUUAGCAAACAUGACAUUAAAAAAUAAAAUAAACAAAGAAUCAUAAUUAGAACAAAAAAAAAUAUUUGCCAAAUAAAAAAAAUAAUAAUUUAAGCUGACAUAAAUAAAAUUUUUAAUAAAAAAAUGCAAAACACACGAUUUU